AGGGGAGGGGGCAAGCUAGGAACCAGGACCCUGGAACUCUCCCAGGACUGGAUUAGUGCCUCCCUCAGAGUUAGGACACGGCCUUGGGUCCAACAGGCCUAAGUCUGAGUGGGUGUGUUGUGUGGCCUUAAACACAUCACUCCUUCCCCUGCACCCUCCAGCCUGUUUUCCACCUCCUGUUUUCUCAUUGAUAAGAUGGGCCUGGCCAGGUCAUUCUGGGAAUGAAAUGGAAGUGCUUAGCAAGACCUCUGUAAGUGGAGGCUGCUGCUGUCACUGUUGCCAUUAUCCUCCCUUUCUGCUCCACCCACGUCCUGCUCUUCUUCCUUAACCCUCAGCCCUUCCUGAGUCAGACUAACCUGACCAAGUCAGGGCUCUGUCUCAGGACACGUGGAGCCAGGACUGGAAGCCUCCACUGGACAGGCGCCAGGCAGCCCCUGCAGGUUGGGGAGGUAGAGGCUGCUGGAGUCGGGAGGAGCCAGCUCACCAUGGCCAAACAGCUGCAGGCCCGAAGGCUAGACGGGAUCGACCACAACCCCUGGGUGGAGUUUGUCAAACUGGCCAGUGAGCAUGAUGUCGUGAACUUGGGCCAGGGCUUCCCGGAUUUCCCGCCCCCAGACUUUGCCGUGGAAGCGUUUCAGCAUGCUGUCAGUGGAGACUUCAUGCUCAACCAGUACACCAAGGCAUUUGGUUACCCACCGCUGACGAAGAUCCUGGCAAGUUUCUUUGGGAAGCUUCUGGGUCAGGAGAUGGACCCGCUCAAGAAUGUGCUCGUGACUGUCGGUGGCUAUGGGGCCCUGUUCACAGCCUUCCAGGCCCUGGUGGACGAAGGAGAUGAGGUCAUCAUCAUCGAACCCUUUUUUGACUGCUACGAGCCCAUGACAGUGAUGGCAGGGGGUCGCCCUGUGUUUGUGCCCCUGAAGCCGGGUCCCAUCCAGAACGGAGAACUGGGUUCCAGCAGCAACUGGCAGCUGGACUCCAUGGAGCUGGCCAGCAAAUUCACAUCACGCACCAAAGCCCUGGUCCUCAACACCCCCAACAACCCCCUGGGCAAGGUGUUCUCCAGGGAAGAGCUGGAGCUGGUGGCCAGCCUGUGCCAGCAGCAUGACGUGGUGUGUAUCACUGAUGAAGUCUACCAGUGGAUGGUCUAUGAUGGGCACCCGCACAUCAGCAUUGCCAGCCUCCCUGGCAUGUGGGAACGGACCCUGACCAUCGGCAGCGCCGGCAAGACCUUCAGUGCCACUGGCUGGAAGGUGGGCUGGGUCCUGGGUCCGGAUCACAUCAUGAAGCACCUGCGGACCGUGCACCAGAACUCCAUCUUCCACUGCCCCACACAGAGCCAGGCCGCAGUAGCCGAGAGCUUUGAGCGGGAGCAGCUGCUGUUCGGCCAACCCAGCAGCUACUUUGUGCAGUUCCCGCAGGCCAUGCAGCGCUGCCGGGACCACAUGAUACGCAGCCUACAGUCAGUGGGCCUGAAGCCCGUCAUCCCCCAGGGCAGCUACUUCCUCAUCACAGACAUCUCAGACUUCAAGAGGAAGAUGCCUGACUUGCCUGGAGCUAUGGAUGAGCCCUAUGACAGACGCUUCGUCAAGUGGAUGAUCAAGAACAAGGGCUUGGUGGCCAUCCCUGUCUCCAUCUUCUGUAGUGUGCCACAUCAGAAGCACUUUGACCACUAUAUCCGCUUCUGUUUUGUGAAGGCUGAAGCCACGCUCCAGGCCAUGGAUGAGAAGCUGCGGAAGUGGAAGGCGGAGCUCUAGCCCUGAAGUCACACCUUGGCCCUGACAUCCCCACGUGCCCGCAGAGAUACUCUGGGUGUCUGUCUUUGUCCAGGUUUCAGACAUGUCUGGGUCGGGGAAGAUGCUGUUGGGAAACCUCAGAAUGUUCUGGGUGGGAGCCGCCCUUCUUCAUCUUAGAGAACCAAGUGCCUCCUGUCUGAAAGGUGAGGGUGGCCCAACCUGGGCCUCUCUCAGCCCCUCUGUAGGUGGGUUUGUAGGGUCUUGGUUUGCUUCUGGUCUCUCCAGGCUUGGCCGACACUGACAGUAGAGUCCCACUGUGUAUCGAUCACAUCCCAGCCCUGCAUGGGCCCUGCUAAGGCUCAGGCAUAACCUCACCUUUCCUGGCUCAUCUUGGCCUUGGGGAUUUGCCUUUAGAUUUGAGUGCUCAAGCCACUCCUUUUCAUCCAUAAUAAAAUGUUGAAGUUAUUCAAAUCCUU